CCGCCAUUGCGCGCGUCCGCGUUGCCUAAUUGCCCAAGGACUAGGGCUUCAUCUUCCAUUCCCGCGCACGCGUCCAGCAGCUCGCCUAAUCCUCGCACGCCUAGGCAAGUUCACGCGUGCACCCCGUCGCCUGCGCGUUCAGCCCCGCGCUCGGCCCUGAUAAUAUCGAGCGCGUCAUCUUCUGCGCGCGCUUGCCCAUCCGCGUAUCGCGCUUCUCCGGCACGACGACUUAGCCUCCUCCGCGCAUGCCAUGCGCGACUCGCUGCAUUCUUGAGCCUUAUCGCCGUGUCCGCAUCAUUCCCGUCCCCUUCAAGUGCUUCCUUGUCCUCAAGGAAAAAAUCGGGGAACAGUUCGCGCAUCUCGUCCCAACUUUGCCAUGUCGCUUCUUCACUCGGCAAUGAUCCAGAUGACCAGGAGCUCCCUCAGGCUAUAGUGGUCGCGCAUUUCCGCGACUACCAUCCAGAAAAAUUUUUCGGCCAAGGAGAUCCUCGUAUAGUGGACGAAUGGGUUCAGGGCCUUGAAAUGAUUUUCGAGGUCAUGGACUGUCCCGACCGUUAUCGCGUCUUAUGCGCACAGAUCCAGCUGACUGGUGAUGCCCGACUCUGGUGGAAUGCCUAUUGGAGUAUGCGUCCCGGCGAAAAGGAAGGUUGUACGUGGGACCAAUUCAAGGAGUUGAUUCGCGGAAAGUACUAUCUCUCGUACAACCGAGCAGAGAUGGAGCGCCAGUUCCUGGCACUCAAACAGGGUACUCGUUCUGUUGACGAGUACGAGAGAGAGUGUAAUAUCCCGAUAUUUAAUCGGUCGUUCGGCCGAGAGACGGCAUAUAGCCGUCGGCGGCGUACGGGCGUUCGCCGCGGCCCUUACAUGUUCAAUAUGCGUUCGGUGUAUUUUCAGGUCUUGUUUGACAAGUUUAUUCAUGUUAAAGUUCCGUCAAGUAAAGUGGUCGAGUUACUUGCCUUUUCGGUCGAGAGAUGGCCGACGGCCGUAGGCCUCGCAUAUAGCGAGCGCACCACGGCCGAGGGCUCGGUUCAUCAGGCCAGAUCAGCCAUGUCUGUUGAAGUUCAGUUUAAUGAUCAUA